UGGCGUCCUGCGUAGUACGUACGUGCGCUUGAACUCGACGGAGCCGUUCGUCCCGCUCUCCCGGCUCUCGUGCACGAGAUACCGGCGCCCGCAUUCGUACGGCGAGGUCCACGUCGCGAGUAAUCGGCCGCGACGAGCUGGGGGACCUCACGCGGGCUUGUUGCGUUUGCACGCAAGUAAGGAUCGGCAAAGACAGAAAGAAAAGAAAAAAAAGGGCGUGUGGAGAUUAAUCGGGCACAACUAAUAGGCACGCCGCUAAUCGCAGUCGUGGCCAUGGGUAAGACGCCAAAGAAGGCGGCCCCUGGGGGCGAUGAGAGGAAUUUGUACGUUCGGAGGCUCAAGGCAACGACCGCGCCGUCGAGAGCUUCUGAAUCUAGCUUGCCCGAGAGACAGCGCGAGUCCGAGAUUUCGAACAGGCCAAAACUGACUGGAAUACAGAAAAAAAUACCGUCUGGACCAGGAAAGAAUUUUAAGAGCAAACUUCGUCCUCCAGCAAAAGUUGAACAUCAAGCAAUAAAGCAAUUAAAAGUACUAAUGAAAAAUCCAGAAACCAAAAGUGCGGAGAUGCAGCCGGGAUCGGAAGAAGCUGAAGUCAAGUUGAAUGUUUCAAUUCACAAAGAAAAUGUUACAGAAGAGAACAGUAACAACAAAACUAUUGAAGCUGAGAAAUCUACUGUGAGCAAAGAAUAUAUUGAUCAUUCCUCCGAACAGAUGUCAAGCGAACUUCAAACUUCUACGAAAACUAACCAGGAAGUAAUAUUUGUGGAGAGCAAAACUGUUUCCCAAGAAAAACAAGAAAAAGAGGAAGUCUUAUUAGAAAAUGUUAAUGCUGAAACCAAAGAAGUGGAAGAGCAAGAUGCGAAUGAUAUUAAAUUAACAUAUGAAAUUGAUCAAAGUUUGGUAAACAAUGGAGAAGAAAAAUUAGACGACAAACCAAAGGACAAUGAUAAGGGAGAAGAAUUGCCUCCGGUACAGGAGGAGAUGAAGAACGGUAUAAAUGAAAAAGAAGAGAUGCGAAGCGAAGCUCAAACCAAUAAUGAGAGCUACUCAGUCGACAUUGUUGAAUCCACAACGUCGGAAGUAUCCGAAAUGUCGGAAUCCGUUACACAGAGCGACACUCAGAAUGAUAAAGAAAAGAUCGAUGACGCUGCAAAUGAUGCAUCAUUCAUUUCUUACGAUUCAUCUAUAAUGCUAAAAGAUGUACAAAUCAGACUCAACGAUUGUCUGAAAGAUAAUUCGAAGCUCUAUGACGUAAGCAAUUCGGAAGGCAUGCCGAGUCAACAUUUAAGAGACCUGUCAUUUGGAAAGACGCUGAGAAACAUCUCGGGAAGACAUUCCAUCGGUAGACUGCGUCACGUUACUUUCCGUGAGAGAAGGAUAUCACCGAAUAGUUCUCUUUUCGUGAAUACAUCGACUAUGUCUAUGCCGCAGGAUGAAGGAACAGAAGCUAAAGUCUUACAUUAUGGUAGCGGUUUACUAUCCGACAGUUUCUCUACGAAUGGUAGCCCAUUGGACAGAAAACGUAAAAUUGAAACAGAAAAUUGGAGCUCGGUAAAAAAGCAGAAAACGGAUGGAGAGGGUAGUUUACUAAGUACAUCUAUAAAUCUGUUGAAAGGUUUGCGCAUACCUAGCAUGCAGGUGUCCACGCCGAAAGCCACACCUUAUAAUUUCGACUCUACCAAGUUAGACAUUAGCGGGAUAAAGAAUGAUGACAAUAAAAUGACGGCUGAACCAACUGAGAGUACAAAAAAAUGGUGUGUUAUCAUGUAAACUAUCAUGGACAGUCAAUGUGUCAUUAUACAGAAAAAAAGGAAAAUUUUUAUAUUUUCGAGAAAAGUACCAAAAAAUACACAACUAGAAGCAUUGAUUUUACCUUUUGCUAGUAAAUAGUUUCUUUUCUAAUUAAUUAAUUAAAAAUAACUGUAUCCUCAUUUUAUUGUUUUUAAAAUUUUCUUGAACAGGGGUUGUAUUUCUUCUCUAACUUUCGGAAAGUUUUUUCGAAAUUUUAAAAUAUAAUAUAGCUACAUUUUCAACAAUUAAAUUAGAAGAAUUCAAUGCUAUUUCCACCGUGUAAAUUGCUAAAAUUGUUGUAGUGCAUAAUUUUUCUAUAUCAAUUUUGGGAUAAAGUUAUUUAGAAAGGAAAGAAUAAAUUAUAUAGUGAAGAGUACAAUUUUAUUAACUUUUGACAUGACUAUUUUACAAAUAAAGACUUGAUUCUAUGAAAUGUACCAACAUUUAAUGCGGUAUAAUAUAGAAUAUGAUAAAACCCACAUGUACAGAAAUGUAAUGUGUUUAAUUUUAGUAUAUGUUUCCGACCUAUGAUUUAUGAUUUAUAAUUAUCUUUAAUGUUUUAGAUAGAUCAUGAUAAAUAGCUUUUACUCCUAUAAAUAAAAAAGAUUCCGUAACGUAGCGUCAUAUUAAUCUAACAGAAUGCUUAUUUGGGAAUAAUUUCUUGAAUAUUGUUUUAUGCAUAUGUUAUCUCAUCGAUAUUAUCGUUAGAAAAUUCAUAUUUCAUAUCCGACGCUUAUUCAUACGAUGUAAUACUCAUAUGUAAUAUUAGAAAGAUAUCUCUCCGUGUUUAAUUCUUAAUAACGAAAUAUAAUAUUUAUAUUUCUAAUUUGUAAUUCGUUGAAUUUGACAAGGUGAUUAAAAAUAUAUUAUGUCCACCACAAAUUGAGUUAUCACGAACAAAUUUUUGCAAGUUAAUUAUAAUACGAAAUUAUAUAUAUAUAUUUUCUAGCAAAUUGUUACUACCAGAUAAGUUGCAACGUUACUAUUGCAUUUAUAAUAGCAGCGUUUUAUGACCUACUCUAUGUAAUGAAAUAUUGUUGAUUAUUAUAAACAAUCCAUAACACAUAUAAAAGAAGAUUCAAUAAUUACAUAUUAUAUAAUAUUAAGUAUAUAAUUUUUUAUCGAUACAAAUUAUUUCUAUAUGUUUUUAAUAAGAACGUGAUAAUUAUUCAUGCAACUUAUUCGGAAUAUUUAUCGAAAAAUAUUAACAUCUAAAAGUCGACAACUGUAAAAAUCGAAGAUAUAAGAUAUAAAUGCGAAAUUGUACGUUAUUAUACAGUGUAUCUCAAGAGCAAAACAAGAAAUGACAAAGAGAAAAUGUAUAUCUUUGAAAAAAAAUUUUAUUUUGCAUACAAUCUUAUUUGUCAAACUCUUGCAUUCAAGACCUUUCAUUUGCCAUAGAUUUAAAUAUAUUCUGAUGUUAUCCAUUAAGGAUGAUAUUACGUUGCCUUUAUAUUAAAUCUUUGUUGGGAUAUAUACAAAGCAUAUAUAUGUAUUGAGCUAGAAAUAUUACUUCGACCUUCCAUCAUAUAAUAAAUGAGGAUUAGAGACGAUCAAAUAAUUCGACCAAAGCGAUUUCCAGUGUCAGUCGAUCUAUUCGUUUAGGUCUGUCGAGGAUAGUUAUUAAUUUUUAAAAUUGUACAUUAUACCAUUUCGAGAAAAGUGGUUUAUAUAUUACAAUAUUGGCUAAUUUUCUUAUUAAUACAAAAAAUGUAAUUUAAAUCAAUAAUUAUUCAGGGCUAAACGAAUAAUCGUUAGGACAUACUUUUAUACUUCGAUCAGUAGAAACGUUAGAGACAUACCUAAGAGUGUACAUAGGAUGAGAUUUAUAAUAAACUCUCGAAACUACAA